AUGGCAGACGCGACCAAUGCACCUCCUGCCGUCGAUGCGACUAAAGUCGACGAUGAGACGACACGUCCCGUCGACGCCCCUACUGAGCCGGUCGCCAGUGAGGCGAAACCUGAGGAGGGUGGUGACGUAGCCCCCGAGGCCGCGAGCGCUGAAGAGUCGAAGGAAGUCGCUCAGGACGACGCGCCCACCGAGAAGCCAACCUCUGACGCCAACGACGACGAUACCAAGGCGGAGAACGACACAGUUGAAGACGUGGCCAGCACCCCGAACACAAAGAAGACUCCAAACGGCAACAGGCGCAAGUCAACAAGCAAAGCGUCAGGCGGCAACAAGAAGACGCCGGCAAAGAAGAAGGCCACCGUCACUCCUCGACUCGAUGUCGAGCCUGGCGAUGUUUUCUUCGUCGCCAUGAAGGGCUUUCAACCUUGGCCAGUCAUUGUCUGCGACGAGGAGAUGCUGCCAGAGGCUCUUCUCAGCAAAAGACCUGUUAGCGCGAAACGAAUUGAUGGCACCUAUCGCGAGGACUUCUUGGAAGGUGGAAAGAAUGCUAAAGACCGUCGCUAUCCCGUCAUGUUCAUGGGCUCAAACGAAUUUGCAUGGCAAGUCAAUACAGAUCUCCAAGACCUCGACCUAGAUGCAAUCAAGAAGGAUGUCGAAGCCGGCAAUAGCCAAAAGAAGACCAAAGGGCUGUGGGAGGCAUACCAGAUCGCUGCAGAGGGUCAUGACCUUUCUUGGUUCAAGGAUGUCCUAGAGGGCCAUGAGCAGGCUAUGCAGCACGACGCCGAUGAAAAGGAGGCUGCCGCUGCAGCGAAGAAAGAGAAAGAGGCCGCCAAGAAGGGCAAGCGUAAAAGUCUGGCCGCCGAAGACGUCGAGGAAGAUAUUGCCGAGGGCACAGCCUCUGCAAAGAAGGCUAAGCCUUCCAAGAAGCGCAAGAAGGACUCGGAGAGCGACGGUGAGCCAGAGAAGGCAACAAAGACCCCGAAGACUACUAAGCUGAAGUUGAAUGCGCCUAAAGACGCUUCGGCUGCGAAGCCUAAGAAGGAGACAAAGGCCAAAAAGACCAAGGCUAAAACCGGAAGUGAGGAGGCCGAAGCAGCGAAGCCUCAAGAGCCCCAGGAGACCGAAGCUGAGCGGUACGAGAAGCAGCAGAAGACUGUUCUGUAUCUUCGACACAAGCUCCAAAAGGGCUUCAUCUCGCGUGAAAACCCACCCUCUGCAGAUGAGAUGCCACAGAUGUCCAACUAUAUCAAGCAGCUUGAGGACACCGACGGAAUUGCAGCUUCCAUUAUCAAGAAGACUAAGGUUCACAAAGUCCUUAAGGGCAUCGUCAAGCUUGACUCGAUUCCGCGAGAGGACGAAUUCGAGUUCAAGAGGCGCUCUACUGAACUUCUUACUCGAUGGGCAAAGGUUCUGUCAGCCGAUACAGAAGCAGCGGAACCAGCAUCAGUCACACCGGCAGCUCCAGCGACCAAUGGUGUUAAUAACCACCACAAGUCUGAAGAGGCUUCUAACAAGCCAGAGGAAGCCGAGAAGGAAGCUGAGGCAUCGAGUAAAGCAGACGGCGAUGGCGACAUCGCCAUGGCUGAUGCUAAAGAUGAAGCACCUGCAGUCGAGACUACCGAAGAGCCAACUACAGAGCCAGCUACCAAAGCUACCGAGGAGGUCGCCACUUCUUGA